AUGACUGUAGAAUCGAUCGCCUCAUUAUCUACUCCCAUGCAAGCAAGCCAAAUCAGAGUUGGUAAAUUUUGCUUAAUCAAAGAACAUCCUUGUAAAGUAGUCGAAACCUCUUCCUCUGGUACCGGCAAGCAUGGCAAGUGCAAGAUCAACUUCGUAGGAAUUGAUAUCUUCACCAGCAAGAAGUAUGAGCAUGCUAUGAUCUCGGACCAAACUGUCGAAGAGCCAAAUGUGGAUGUUACUGAAUAUCAAUUGAUCAACAUUGACGAUGGAUACUUAUCGUUAUUGGACCACAAUGGUCAACUUCGAAGUGACUUGAAGUUGCCAGCUGACCAAGAGCUGUGCAACAAGAUCAACAAGCUCUUCGAUCAAGGCAAGGAGGUGAUGUUAUCAGUCAUCUCGGCCAUGGGAAUGGAGCAAGUCAUCCACUUCAAAGAGAUGAGAUAG